AUGGUACAAGAACACGACUUUCUCAAAGUUGUCUGGGUGGCCAACAGGGACAAGCCACUUGGACACAAAGAUCAAUCUGCAAGUUUGAUAAUUGGCGGAGAUGGAAAUCUGAAGCUUCUAGAUGGGCGAAAAAAUGCUAUCUGGUCUACAAAUGUCAUGGCGAAGUCUAAUUAUUCUGCAGCAGUGCUUUUAGACUUUGGAAACCUUGUUCUUCAAGAUGGGAAUGCAAAUAAAAUGUGGGAAAGCUUCGAUGAGCCAACCGACACUCUCCUGCCAAACAUGAAGAUCGGAGUAAAUGUGAAAACAGGAAAGAAAAAAUACUUGAUUUCCUGGAAAGGUGAAGAUGAUCCAUCGCCCGGAAGCUUUGUCCUUGGAGUGACAUCAGAGACACCACCUCAGCUUUUCGCUUGGAAUGGAUCAAGUCCAUACUGGAGAAGCGGACAGUGGGAUAAAUCCAAGUUUAAUGGAAUACCGACCAUGAGCAACAAAUACCUGAGCGGCCAUCAGCUUGUGCAAAAUAUCAACCAGGGAACGACAUAUUAUUUCCGCAAUUAUUACAACAACUCCUUUGGAUAUGUUUUCAUCUCAUCGGAAGGAUCUAUAGAGUCUGUUCGUUGGGGGGAUGGAUGGUCAACAAACUGGGAAGCAUCACGAACUAACCGGUGUGAAAUUUAUGGAACAUGUGGUCCUUUUGGAGUUUGCGAUACGUUUAGUUCACCUAUAUGCAGCUGCUUAAAAGGGUUUAAACCCAGGUCAGAUGAAGAGUGGAACAGAGGAAACUGGACUGGAGGGUGCGUUAGGAAAAUGGAAUUGAAUUGUCAGAAAUCCGCACAUGCAGCAGCUAUGACGACUGUGGAAAAAGAUGUGUUCUGGCCAAUGAAACAUAUGAAAUUGCCUGAUUCUGCUGAUUAUUUGUCAAACAUAGCUGAUGCAGAAGGAUGUCGAAGUUGGUGCCUAGGAAACUGCUCGUGCUUGGCCUUUUCUUAUGUGGAGACUGUAGGAUGUAUGGCUUGGUGUAAAAACCUCAUAGAUACUCAGCAAUUCUCCAGAGAAGGCAAAGAUCUAUUUCUUCGACUUGUGGACGUGGAUAAAGGUGUACCUACAAAGACAAAACUCAUCAUCAGCCUAAGUACUAUUUCUGGCAUCAUGUUAUUCGGAGCUGGCAUUUCAGUGUGUGGUCUUUUCAAGUGGAGAGAUGCUGAGAUACCCCAUGGAUUGGGUCUCUCUGUUUAUGCAUUUGGGUAUGACGAAUGCAAUGCUGAGUUCGUGUUGUUGAGGGUGGUUCAGACCUUGCGAAGGCCAAUUGUAUCUGAAGUUAGCAUCUAUAAAUCAGAAACUAACGUGUGGAGGCGACUCCAAGGGAUGCCAUACUUUCUAGUUGAGCCGGGCAGAAUGGGGGUUUACCUGUGCGGCCGUCUGCACUGGAUAAUGAGAUGUGAGUGUGUGCGAAAUUCGGCAAAAGUGUUGGUGGCUUUUGAUAUUCGUACUGAGAGUUUUGUGGAGGUGGACCAACCUAAUGUUAUAGACAAUAGGCUUCGCAUGGAUUUGGCCGUCCUGGAAGAGCAUCUUUGCCUUACCGUUUAUCGUGAGCCAGGGGUUGUCGAUGUGUGGAUUAUGAGAGAAUAUGGAUUGAACCGACAUGGGAUCUGUUGUUCUCGCUAA